UCCCUAAAUCCCAACGAGGAUCGGAAAGUUUCAAUGUCCGCCGCCAGAUCCGUCCUCCGUUCCGGUGUAGGUCGGGCCGCAGUUGCCGCGUUAAGGUCGACGAAGCCUACGCCUUCUUCUGCGCGGUCUACGUUUAAGAUGCCUAAACAGAGCCCUCUCUCUAACCGCAUUUUCAGAUCUCCGGUGGAAUUGAGCUGCUGCGUUGACACGAUUUUGCCGUACCACACGGCCACUGCUUCUGCUUUGCUCAAUUCGAUGCUUUCAGCUUCAGGGCGCUCCAUUUGGAUCCUCCAAGAUUGUAUUGAUGAUGCAUGAUGAAACUCAAAGGGAGUGCAAGAAUGGGUGCAGUUUAAAGCAUGGUGAUGAAGUGGCAGUAGCGAUGUCAUGUUUCUUCUUAGGUCAUAAGAUCCAGUUUUGACCUUCAAGAUUGUCCAUUAAGGAAUGAAUAUUAUAGAAUUCCUUAUCGACUCUCUAAAUUAUGAGAUUUGUAAAGACCAACCAGUUCAGUUUGACAAUUUAAAAACGCUUGGUCCCAAUCCGAGCUUCUCUUUA